UUUUUGUACUUUAUUACUUUAAUGAUAGUGCAUUAAUUGAAUAUAAAUUUGAAUGUGUAUGAAGACAAUACAUACGAGUUUUUAAUAGCGAAGUACUAGAUUGAUCCAAUCGAAACAACUUAUGUAUCUAAAUAGAAAAAUGAUUUUAUUCGUAUUUACAUAACAAUUUUUGAUCGUGGAAGUAAAAAGACUGAUCUAUUUUCGUUAUUUUUAAUCGUCGAUUAAAUUAACAAUGGAGUCGUUUUGAUUUCGCAUCUAACAAAUGAAGAGCAAGAUCUUGGAUUUUGAUAUUCAGAUGAUUAGAUAUUGAAUCAGCUGAUAUGGGCGGUGCCUUAUGAGUUCGUUGUACCUAAAAUAUAUCGAUACAGUAUAAGAGCAGUGUUUUUAGAUCUGUUGGGAAAAAUCCAAAUUAAUUUAAAGAUCUCAUUCAAUAUGUGGUGUGAAUUGAAAGAGAAAACAACAUUGUGGAAUUUUGACUUUUUAUUCUUCAAGCGAUUUGCAAAACUAAUUCCCUUUUACUUUGGAAAUCCUUGCUCAUUAAUUAUUUUUAUAUUUUUAAUAGUUACAGCUUUAGGUGAACAAUAUGUUGUUUAUAAUGUUGGAAUUAUAACUAGUGAAUAUUAUAAAGUAUUGGGAGAAAAGGAUUUAAAUGGCUUUUGGACUCAUUCUGUCAAAUCUCUUGCAAUCAUAAUAUGUGUUUCCUUAAUUAUUAGCACAAAAGACUACUUAAUUUCUGUAUUAUAUGUUAUAUGGAGGCAGCUCUUAACACAACAUUUACAAAAGGAAUAUAUGCAUUCUAAUAAUUACUAUAAACUAAAUGUCUUAGAUAAAGCAAUUGAUAACCCUGAUCAGAGAAUAACUCAAGAUAUUGAUAAAAUGUGUAACAAAUUAAGUACUAAUAUUGCAGUUGUGAUUGUAUCACCUUUCACUAUUUGUUAUUACAGUUAUGUAUUGUUUGUUACAACUGGAUGGUGGGGACCAACUAGUGUGUUUGGAUUUUUUCUUUUAAGUACACUUAUAAAUAAAUUGUUAAUGUCACCAGUUGUUAAUUAUGUUUUUAUGCAAGAACAAUGUGAAGGAUUUUUUCGAUUUAAACAUAUGCAUAUUCGUACAAAUGCAGAAUCGAUAGCAUUUCAAGAUGGAUCAUUUAAUGAGUUAACACAGUUGAGUGAAAAAUUCACUAAAUUAGUUAAAGUGCAACAAAAUUUAUUUGCUCGUCAAUUUCCCCUUAGUCUUUCUGUUAAACUAUUUGCAUAUUUAGGAAGUAUUUUUAGUUUUCUUCUUCUUGCAGUACCUUUGUUUAAUGGAAAAUAUGAUUCUUUAUCUGUUGCUGAUUUGAGUGCCUUGAUUAGUAAAAAUACUUUUGUUACAAUGUAUUUAAUUAAUUGUUUCACACAAUUAGUGAAUUUAUCUACUGAUGUAACAGUUAUUGCAGGUACUACUCAUCGAAUUUCAGAAUUUUUAGAAUGGAUAAAAAUCAACAACACUUUUGAAGCAGGUAAC